UCAGUCUGAGUAUCUCAGAGGCUUGGCGCAAGUCUCAUUCUCCAAGAUUAUAAGUCUUUAUACAGCCAGAUAUACACCGAAUGAUGGAACCAGCCUGUACAGUGAACGCAAAUCAUCAGAUAUUGAUAUUUUUAUGACCUACCUACAGCUGGGGGCUAUAUAGUAGGAGCGCAGGUUAGAGUGCGAGCGAGACAGCCCCUGCUUUUAAGGAGCUGCAAGAUUGAUGUGAGACAGAAAUCAGCGAUUACCCUAAAAUGAAUAAUGAUCACCAGUGUUUUGGGUUUAAGAGUAACAACCAGGAUCAAACCUCAACGACCUAAGACUCCUGUUAGUGGCAGGGGAAGGAGUCAUACUCCCAAAUAUUUUAGUGAAAUCGCCUUUAGGAUGAAGAGUCCAACAGGUUUUUAAACGACUCACUGGGAGAGGAGGCAGGAAGACUGAAAAAAAUGGCUGUUGCUAUGAUACAGGCUAGAUAGAAUUGUGGCUUUAACGAGGGUAGUAGUACUAGAGAUAAAAUGGUAGUAGCAAGGGGAUCGAGAGAGGAAGAUUAAUCAGGUAGAAACCCACUGAUCUUGAGUUUAGUUGGCUGGGUUGAGCGGGCAGAGAGGUGGGUAAUACGGCUGAAAACGCAAGUACACAGGACAGUACAGCAGGCGCCGAAUGUGCGCUUAAUCUAGAACAUACGGCGAAGGCUCGUCGAAGGCGGGGCAGGGCGUGGUGGGAACCCGAGUCUGCAGUGCCUGCCGCUGCUCUCUGGGCAGGGUAGCCCCUGGGCUCCCCUUAGCCACUUAGUCAUGGCGGGCCCGGGCGCGGCGCUAGAGUCCCCGCGGCAGCUACUGGGCCGUGUGCGAUUCCUGGCAGAGGCAGCGCGGAACCUUCGCGCCGGGCGGCCGCUGCCGGCAGCUCUGGCUUUCGUGCCGCGAGAGGUGCUCUACAAGCUUUACAAGGACCCAGCGGGACCGUCUCGAGUACUGCUGCCGGUGUGGGAAGCCGAGGGUCUGGGGCUGCGUGUGGGCGCAGCAGGCCCAGCCUCUGGUACCAGCUCCGGGCCCCUCCGCUCCGCCCGCGACAGCAUCGAGCUCCGGCGCGGCGCUUGUGUGCGCACCACCGGCGAAGAGCUGUGCAACGGCCACGGGCUCUGGGUGAAACUAACCAAGGAGCAGCUGGCAGAGCACCUGGGUGACUGCGGGCUGAACGAAGGCUGGCUGCUGGUGUGCCGCCCGGCGGAGGGCGGGGCCCGCCUGGUACCCAUCGACACUCCCGACCACCUGCAGCGGCAGCAGCAGCUCUUCGGCUUGGACUACCGGCCGGUGCUCAGGUGGGAGCAGGUGGUGGACCUGACGUACUCACAUCGCCUGGGAUCGAGGCCUCAGCCCGCGGAGGCUUACACAGAAGCUGUCCAAAGGCUACUCUACGUGCCCCCGACAUGGACCUAUGAGUGCGACGAGGACCUGAUCCACUUCUUGUAUGACCACCUGGGCAAGGAGGAUGAGAACCUGGGUAGCGUGAAGCAGUAUGUGGAGAGCAUAGACGUUUCCUCUUAUACGGAGGAGUUCAAUGUAUCCUGCCUCACAGACAGCAAUGCUGACACCUACUGGGAGAGUGAUGGGUCCCAGUGCCAGCACUGGGUACGGCUUACUAUGAAGAAGGGUACCAUUGUCAAGAAGCUGCUCCUCACGGUGGAUACCACGGAUGACAACUUUAUGCCUAAGCGGGUGGUGGUCUAUGGGGGUGAAGGGGACAACCUGAAGAAGCUGAGUGAUGUGAGCAUUGACGAGAGCCUAAUUGGAGAUGUCUGUGUCCUGGAGGACAUGACAGUCCACCUCCCAGUCAUUGAGAUCCGCAUCGUUGAGUGCAGAGAUGAUGGGAUUGAUGUUCGCCUUCGAGGGGUCAAGAUCAAGUCAUCUAGACAGCGGGAGCUAGGGUUGAAUGCAGACCUGUUCCAGCCAACCAGUCUGGUGCGAUAUCCACGCCUGGAAGGCACUGACCCAGAAGUACUGUACCGCAGAGCUGUCCUCCUGCAGAGAUUCAUCAAGAUCCUGGACAGUGUCCUGCACCACCUGAUACCUGCCUGGGAUCACACCCUGGGCACCUUCAAUGAGAUUAAGCAAGUGAAGCAGUUUCUACUGCUGUCACGCCAACGGCCUGGCCUGGUGGCUCAGUGCCUUCGUGACUCAGAGAGCAGCAAACCCAGCUUCAUGCCACGCCUCUACAUCAACCGCCGCCUUGCUAUGGAACACCGUGCCUGCCCCUCUCGUGACCCCGCCUGCAGGAACGCAGUCUUCACACAGGUAUAUGAAGGCCUCAAGCCCUCUGACAAAUAUGAAAAGCCCCUGGACUACAGGUGGCCCAUGCGCUAUGACCAAUGGUGGGAAUGUAAAUUCAUUGCAGAAGGCAUCAUUGACCAAGGGGGUGGUUUCCGGGACAGCCUGGCAGAUAUGUCAGAAGAGCUGUGCCCUAGCUCAGCAGACACUCCUGUGCCUCUGCCCUUCUUUGUUCGCACAGCCAACCAGGGCAAUGGUACUGGGGAGGCCCGGGACAUGUAUGUGCCCAACCCCUCGUGCCGAGACUUCGCCAAGUAUGAAUGGAUCGGACAGCUGAUGGGGGCUGCCCUUCGGGGUAAGGAGUUCCUGGUCCUGGCUCUGCCUGGUUUUGUGUGGAAGCAGCUUUCUGGUGAGGAGGUGAGCUGGAGCAAGGACUUCCCAGCUGUUGAUUCCGUGCUGGUUAAGCUCCUAGAAGUGAUGGAAGGCAUGGACAAAGAGACAUUUGAGUUCAAGUUUGGGAAGGAGCUGACAUUCACCACUGUACUGAGUGACCAGCAGAUGGUGGAGUUGAUCCCUGGGGGCGCAGGCAUUGUUGUGAAAUACGAGGACCGUUCUCAUUUCAUCCAACUCGUCCAGAAGGCCCGUCUGGAAGAGAGCAAGGAGCAGGUGGCAGCCAUGCAGGCAGGUCUGCUGAAGGUGGUGCCACAGGCUGUAUUGGACUUGCUGACCUGGCAAGAAUUGGAGAAGAAAGUGUGUGGGGAUCCGGAGGUCACAGUGGACGCUCUGCGAAAACUCACACGGUUUGAGGACUUCGAGCCAUCUGACACACGGGUGCAAUAUUUCUGGGAGGCACUGAACAACUUCACCAACGAGGACCGGAGCCGCUUCCUGCGCUUUGUCACGGGCCGUAGCCGCCUACCAGCCAGAAUCUACAUCUACCCAGACAAGCUGGGCUACGAGACCACAGAUGCACUGCCCGAGUCUUCCACCUGCUCCAGCACCCUCUUCCUGCCGCACUAUGCCAGCCACCUCGCUUCUGGAAGUGAUGGAACUGCCUGAUCAAGUCCACACGCCCCACAGCGCCAAGGUGUGUGAGGAGAAACUCCGCUAUGCAGCCUACAACUGUGUGGCCAUUGACACUGACAUGAGCCCUUGGGAGGAGUGAGGUGACACCGGGGGACAGCCAUAGGCCCCACUUGGCCUCAUCUAGAUGAAGACACCCUCUUGGUACCAGAUCAGAUCCGGUUCUGCUCUGGGCUCCUGAUAUGAGCUGAGAAACCCAGUGAUCCCUGCUCCUGUGGGCGGUGGGUUGACACUGGCAACUCAGCCGCGCAGACCCACAAGCCCUACUCGUGCUAAGGCUAGCUUCCCCAGUACUUAGCCUCUGUAACAGGGAAUCUUCCACAAGCCCAGUACAAGCUGCCAGGCCUGAGCUACUUGAAGGGGAACGUCUAGCUCCCCACCUCAUGGACUUUGCCUCUAUUCUUGGCUCCACUCUUUUUCUCCCGCUUUCUCUCUGGUUCUAGCCAUGACUCAAAACUAAAAUCACUAGAGGGUAUAGCGGAGGCCCCUCCGCAAUAUACAGUUUCUUCAAUAAAGAAAAAUAUUUUGAAUUCCUAAAAAUUUUGGAUUUUUUACAUUAGAAAAGAAC